AGUGGAGGUUGGGAGCAUUUGCAGCAGAAUAUUUUGGCUUUCCCUCCCCCCUCCAUACAUUUCCCCCUCCUCCUCCUCCUCCGAAUUUUCUUCCUCCCGGGAAGUGAAUUGCUGAUGCCAAGGGGACUUUAUUCAUUAAUGAUGCAACCGGAUUCGUUUCAGGAUUAUGUUGCACGAAUUGAAUUUUGAAUGAAGGAGUUUUUUUUUUUUGAAAGAAGUGUUGACUCUUUAGUUCGUCGUACUUUUAAUUAUUAUUUUAUUUAAGUAUACAAUUUAAUUGUGUUAUUCUCUUAAAAAAUAUUAAAUCUCUAUUUUAUGGAAACUUACCCUCAAGAUAUAUAUGUUUAUGGAUGAAAUUGAAGACGCUGCCGUCAAAUGAGGUGGCUGGUGUGUUGGAUGUUUAAUUCAGCACCGGCAUUGCAUGACAGUUGUUGAAAUAACAAGUGGUUUAUUUUAUUUUAUUUUUUUAAACCACGUCUUUGAAAUUUUAGGUUCAGAUAGUUAACAGUAGACAUCGUAAGGGCAAUCACAAGAAAACCAGCAGAAAUCGCAGCAAACAUGUCCGGAGAGGUGCGUUUGAGGCAGUUGGAGCAGUUUAUUUUAGAUGGGCCAGCUCAGACCAAUGGGCAGUGCUUCAGUGUGGAGACCUUACUGGACAUACUCAUCUGUCUUUACGACGAAUGCAAUAAUUCUCCAUUGAGAAGAGAGAAGAACAUUCUUGAAUAUCUGGAAUGGGCUAAACCAUUUACUUCUAAAGUGAAACAAAUGCGAUUACACAGAGAAGACUUUGAAAUAUUAAAGGUGAUUGGUCGAGGAGCUUUUGGGGAGGUUGCUGUAGUUAAACUGAAAAAUGCAGAUAAAGUAUUUGCCAUGAAAAUUCUGAACAAGUGGGAAAUGCUGAAAAGAGCUGAGACAGCUUGCUUCCGUGAAGAGAGGGAUGUGCUGGUAAACGGAGACAAUAAGUGGAUAACCACUCUGCACUAUGCUUUCCAGGACGACAAUAACUUAUACCUGGUUAUGGAUUAUUAUGUUGGUGGGGAUUUACUUACCCUGCUCAGCAAAUUUGAAGACAGAUUGCCUGAAGACAUGGCUCGGUUUUACCUGGCCGAGAUGGUGAUAGCGAUCGACUCAGUUCAUCAGCUCCACUAUGUACAUAGAGACAUCAAACCUGACAAUAUAUUGAUGGAUAUGAAUGGACAUAUUCGUUUAGCAGAUUUUGGUUCUUGCCUGAAGCUGAUGGAAGAUGGAACGGUCCAGUCUUCAGUGGCAGUUGGAACUCCAGAUUAUAUUUCUCCUGAAAUCCUUCAAGCAAUGGAAGAUGGAAAAGGCAGAUACGGACCUGAGUGUGACUGGUGGUCCUUAGGAGUCUGCAUGUAUGAAAUGCUUUAUGGAGAAACACCAUUCUAUGCUGAAUCUUUGGUAGAGACAUAUGGGAAAAUCAUGAAUCACAAAGAGAGGUUUCAGUUUCCACCCCAGGUGACUGAUGUGUCUGAAAAUGCUAAGGAUCUUAUCCGAAGACUCAUUUGUAGCAGAGAACAUCGACUUGGCCAAAAUGGAAUCGAAGACUUUAAGAAACACCCAUUCUUUAGUGGGAUUGAUUGGGGUAAUAUCCGAGACUGUGAGGCGCCGUACAUCCCGGAAGUUAGUAGCCCGACAGACACGUCAAACUUUGAUGUGGAUGAUGACUGCUUAAAGAAUUCUGAAACAAUGCCCCCACCAACACAUACUGCAUUUUCUGGCCAUCAUCUACCAUUUGUUGGUUUUACAUAUACUAGUAGCUGUGUUCUUUCUGAUCGGAGCUGUUUAAGAGUCACAGCCGGUCCCACCUCACUGGAUCUUGAUGUAAAUGUCCAGAGGACUCUAGAUAAUAACUUAGCAACUGAAGCUUAUGAAAGAAGAAUUAAGCGGCUGGAACAGGAAAAGCUUGAACUUACUAGAAAACUUCAAGAGUCAACACAGACUGUCCAAGCUUUGCAGUAUUCAACUGUUGAUGGUCCACUAACAGCAAGCAAAGAUUUGGAAAUUAAAAGCUUGAAAGAAGAGAUUGAAAAACUAAGAAAACAAGUAACAGACGUGAACCAUUUGAAACAACAGCUUGAAGAAGCUACCUCUGUGAGGCGAGAACUAGAUGACGCUGUUAGGCAAAUCAAGGCUUUUGAAAAACAGAUCAGAACUUUGCAGCAGGAAAGAGAAGAGCUAAAUAAGGAACUAGUCCAGGCUAGUGAGCGAUUAAAAAACCAAUCCAAAGAGCUGAAAGACGCACACUGUCAGAGGAAACUGGCCAUGCAGGAGUUCAUGGAGAUCAAUGAGCGACUAACAGAAUUGCACACCCAAAAACAGAAACUUGCUCGCCAUGUCCGAGAUAAGGAAGAAGAGGUGGACCUGGUGAUGCAAAAAGCUGAGAGCUUGAGGCAAGAGCUGCGCAGAGCAGAAAGAGCCAAGAAAGAGCUGGAAGUGCACACUGAAGCUCUAAUUGCUGAAGCAUCGAAGGACAGGAAGCUUCGAGAGCAGAGCGAGCAUUAUUCUAAACAACUGGAAAAUGAACUGGAGGGACUGAAGCAAAAACAAAUUAGUUACUCACCAGGAAUCUGCAGCAUAGAACAUCAACAAGAGAUAACUAAACUGAAAACUGACUUGGAAAAGAAAAGUAUCUUUUAUGAAGAAGAAAUAUCAAAAAGAGAAGGAAUUCACGCAAGUGAGAUUAAAAACCUGAAGAAGGAGCUGCAUGACUCAGAAGGCCAACAACUUGCUCUCAACAAAGAAAUUAUGGUUCUAAAAGACAAAUUGGAAAAAACCAGAAGAGAAAGUCAAAGUGAAAGGGAAGAAUUUGAAAAUGAGUUCAAACAACAGUAUGAACGGGAAAAAGUAUUAUUAACUGAAGAAAAUAAAAAGUUAACAAGUGAACUUGAUAAGCUCACUGCAUUGUAUGAGAGCUUAAGCUUGCGCAACCAGCACUUGGAAGAAGAGGUCAAAGACCUAGCAGACAAGAAGGAGUCAGUUGCCCACUGGGAAGCCCAGAUCACAGAGAUCAUCCAGUGGGUGAGUGAUGAAAAAGAUGCGCGAGGCUAUCUUCAGGCCUUGGCUUCUAAAAUGACUGAAGAAUUGGAAGCGUUAAGAAACUCCAGUUUGGGGACACGCGCAACAGAUAUGCCCUGGAAAAUGCGUCGUUUUGCAAAACUGGAUAUGUCAGCUAGACUAGAGUUGCAAUCAGCGCUGGAUGCAGAAAUAAGAGCUAAGCAGGCCAUCCAGGAAGAGCUAAAUAAAGUGAAGGCGUCCAACAUCAUCACAGAAUGUAAACUGAAAGAUUCAGAGAAGAAGAACUUGGAACUGCUGUCCGAAAUUGAGCAGCUGAUAAAGGACACUGAAGAGCUUAGAUCUGAAAAGGGUAUAGAGCACCAAGACUCACAGCAUUCUUUCUUGGCAUUUUUGAAUACGCCUACCGAUGCUCUGGAUCAAUUUGAAGAUUCCUUUUCUUCUUCCUCAUCCUCACUGAUUGAUUUUUUGGAUGACCACUCCCCGUCCUGUACUCCAGCUAGCAAAGGCAGACGUAUCGCAGACCCUGCUCCGCUUCCCGCUCACACGCCAACGUUACGGAAAAAGGCGUGCCCGGCGUCAGCUGGCUUUCCACCUAAGCGCAAGACUCAUCAGUUUUUUGUGAAGUCUUUCACUGCCCCUACCAAGUGCCAUCAGUGUACCUCCUUGAUGGUUGGUUUGAUAAGACAGGGCUGUUCCUGUGAAGUGUGUGGAUUCUCAUGUCAUAUAACCUGUGUGAACAAAGCUCCAACUACUUGUCCAGUUCCUCCUGAGCAGACUAAAGGUCCACUUGGCAUAGACCCACAGAAGGGAGUAGGGACAGCGUAUGAGGGCCAUGUCAGGAUCCCUAAGCCGGCUGGAGUGAAGAAAGGAUGGCAAAGAGCACUGGCUGUGGUCUGCGACUUCAAACUAUUUCUUUACGAUAUCGCGGAGGGAAAAGCAUCCCAGCCCAGCUCCGUCAUUAGUCAAGUGAUUGACAUGAGAGAUGAAGAAUUUUCCGUGAGUUCAGUCUUGGCUUCUGAUGUUAUUCACGCAAGUCGAAAAGAUAUUCCAUGUAUAUUUAGAGUCACAGCUUCCCAGCUCUCAGCACCUAGUAACAAAUGUUCCAUCCUGAUGCUAGCAGACAGUGAGAAUGAGAGGAGUAAGUGGGUAGGAGUGCUGAGUGAACUACACAAGAUUUUGAAGAAGAACAAAUUCCGAGACCGCUCAGUGUAUGUUCCCAAAGAGGCUUAUGACAGCACUCUACCCCUCAUUAAAACAACGCAGGCCGCUGCGAUCAUAGAUCAUGAAAGGAUAGCUUUGGGGAAUGAAGAAGGAUUAUUUGUUGUGCACGUCACCAAAGAUGAGAUUAUUAGAGUUGGUGAUAAUAAGAAAAUUCAUCAGAUUGAACUCAUUCCAAGUGACCAGCUUGUUGCUGUGAUCUCAGGCCGAAAUCGCCAUGUCCGACUUUUUCCUAUGUCAGCUUUGGAUGGACGAGAGACGGAUUUUUAUAAACUGGCAGAAACUAAAGGGUGUCAAACCAUAACUGCUGGGAAAGUGCGCCAUGGAGCUCUGUCCUGCCUGUGUGUGGCUAUGAAAAGACAGGUCCUCUGCUAUGAACUGCUCCAAAGCAAGACCCGGCACCGGAAAUUUAAGGAAAUUCAAGUCCCAUGUAAUGUUCAGUGGAUGGCCAUCUUCAGUGAGCAACUCUGUGUGGGAUUCCAGUCAGGAUUUCUCAGAUACCCCUUGAAUGGAGACGGGAGUCCAUGCAAUAUGCUCCAUUCAAAUGACCACACACUAUCAUUCAUUACACACCAACCAAUGGAUGCUAUCUGUGCAGUUGAAAUCUCCAACAAAGAGUAUUUGCUGUGUUUUAACAGCAUUGGCAUAUACACAGACUGCCAGGGCCGAAGAUCUAGACAGCAGGAAUUGAUGUGGCCAGCCAGUCCUUCCUCUUGUUGUUACAAUGCACCAUAUCUCUCUGUUUAUAGUGAAAAUGCAGUUGAUAUCUUUGACGUAAACUCCAUGGAAUGGAUACAAACUCUUCCUCUCAAAAAGGUCCGACCUUUAAACACUGAAGGAUCAUUAAAUCUUUUAGGGUUGGAGACCAUUAGAUUAAUAUAUUUCAAAAAUAAGAUGGCAGAAGGGGAUGAACUUGUAGUUCCUGAAACAUCAGAUAAUAGUCGAAAACAAAUGGUUAGAAAUAUCAACAAUAAGCGGCGUUACUCCUUCAGAGUCCCAGAGGAAGAGCGGAUGCAGCAGAGGAGGGAGAUGCUACGAGAUCCAGAAAUGAGAAAUAAAUUAAUUUCUAACCCAACUAAUUUUAACCACAUAGCACACAUGGGUCCUGGAGAUGGAAUACAGAUCCUAAAAGACCUGCCCAUGCCAGGUUUCCCUUAUCCAUCCCCUCAUCACCACUCCAGUCUGAUCUCCUCUCCGAGCAACUUUGAGCACAUCUAUCACAUGACUGUCAAUUCUGCUGAACAGUUUCUCUCUCCCGAUUCCAUAAACCCUGGGUGUCCCCCAUCCCUGCGCUCUGCCCCUGGGACACCACACUCUGUGACUCUGAGGAACCCACGUCCUCAGGAAAGCCGGACAGUAUUCAGUGGCUCCGUCAGUAUUCCCUCCAUCACCAAGUCCCGCCCUGAGCCAGGCCGCUCCAUGAGUGCCAGCAGUGGCCUGUCUGCACGGUCAUCAGCCCAGAAUGGCAGUGCGCUAAAGAGGGAAUUCUCUGGAGGAAGCUACAGCACGAAGCGACAGCCCAUGCCCUCUCCCUCGGAGGGCUCCUUGUCAUCAGGAGGCAUGGACCAAGGGAGUGACGCCCCGGCGAGGGACUAUGAUGGAGAGGACUCUGAUUCUCCAAGGCAUUCCACAGCUUCCAACAGCUCCAACCUGAGCAGCCCUCCAAGCCCCAUUUCACCCCGAAAGACCAAGAGCCUCUCCCUGGAGAGCACAGACCGCGGGAGCUGGGAUCCGUGAGCCCAGGACUGCGGCAGCCGCAGGCAGGGACUCUGCAACCGGACAACGUGCCUGGCAGCAGUGUCACCUUCCUCACCACUGCAAUGAGGAUUUCUCUGCAGCCAGGCCCGCUUCACCCCGCCCCCCAGGUAGCUUCUGUAGACAGACUGCGCAGACGCAGCGCUCAGAGUAGACUGGUUAUGUUCUCACCGUAGCCCUCACGUAGCGCCCAGCAGCCUCCAUGAGCGUCAGCCCGACUGUGGCCAGGGAAAAACCCUCACGAAUUAAAACAAUGCAUAUUUUACUACAAUACAGAGUUUAAAUAAAUACAUAAAUGUAGAAGUUAAAUACUGAAUGUAUAUAGUCAAAGAAGCAUCUUGUGUUCAAUGAAAGAUGGAUGCGUAUAUAAGAAAGAUCAUUUAAUUUAAAGAAAUGUGUUGUUUCUUGUCUGUUUCCCAGCUAAGUCAUAUACAGGGUAGAAAGGCCUCAAGUGACAUUUGUAAAGAGAGAGCAGAAGUCAGGUCCCUGUGGUGUCUGUCCUCAAGCCUGGGCAGGCUGAGGUCACUGGGAAAUCUAAGGGAUGUUUGGAGAUAAGCGCCAUCGUUGCACUGACCUGUAACCUGGACACCACCAAUGGCAGUGAAGCCGCUCCAGCCACUCCAGAGGCAUGCCCGCCUCUCAGGGCAGUUCUUUAGUGAUCAAUUUGAACAUGUUCUCCCCCCCCCCCGUUAUAUUUUAAUAUCUGGCACAGAUGGAUGUGAAAGACAAUUCUGUCACCUUGUGACCCUUCCCAUUAUAAAGGACAUAGGGAGAGAGUCAUGACUUCUGAAGGUCAUGGAAUGGUUCCUCUAGCUUUUUGUCCUGGCCAGAUCCUGUCCUUUCCCGGGUUGCAGCGAGGAGUCGUGGCUUGGGCACAGCUUCCCUUUUUGGUUAAGGGUAGUUGUAAACUUCCUCAACACACGCUGCUGGGGAAAAGCUUCUCCUUGCUAAAUCAUGCAAGACCUCAGAAGCAUGGGCUUGAACAGCCGUGACCAAAUAUGCCAUCCCAUCUGAGGGGACAGUGGGGCCUGUGCAUGGGCCCAGGGGUGUGCUGGUGGCCACUGGAUUGUCAGCCAGCUUUCCCUCUGGCUAUCUGCUAAUGCACUUGUCCCAGGAAGCAAGAUGAAGACCAGAACUCCUCUCUACUCACGUUUCACCAGCCAGAACAGGAGAGAAACUACAAUGCCCUGUGCAGACAGAGGCCCCACCACUCCUAAUUUUUACCUCUUUGGAGCUGAAAAGUCCCUAUUUCUCCCCACUUUAAACCACGCCUAAAAUAGAUUUCCAAAGUUGCUAACCUGCCCAGCGUGCCCUCAGCCCAUCAUGCUGCCAGGCCCUGAAGACCAGACUCCCAGGUACACUGCUGUAAGGAAGGAGGUUAGAGUUGGGGGAGGGAAGGUGGUGACAGAAGCCCUUCUGGUGGGGUCCUUUUAGACAACGGCUUUGACAGACAUUCAGUCCUGGCUCCCAGCAUGUAAGUACAUUUCCUUUUGGAUGGGCAUUGUGUCAUUCUAAUCUAAAUCUUUCUGCUUUUGGAAAAGAAGUAUAAAAAUACUUCUGUACAUCCAAAACUGAGGGUCAGACUCUGAAUUUGGUCAGAGCCCUAUUUUACCUACUUGAACUUGGCACUUUGUUCCCUCCCCUCAGUCCUCUCCCCUGCCCUCCUACCCAGGCAGAAACCUGCCAUGCUGAGUGAGACUGAGACUGAUGGAACUCCACCCUAAGCCUUUGGUUGUAGCUUUGACAACCAAUUGUGAAUUUUUGUUGCUACAGGUGCUUGUUUGUAAAAGGACCCUUCUAGAGUCACAGUCUAAACCUCCCUAAAAUUCAGCUCCACCGCAGUGAGUCCCUCAUAACAACUGUCUAUUGGACUCAUCUAUUGGCCUGUCUAGACAGUUGGCCUUCCUGUCAGAAGCUAUGGAGGAGGAUGGGACAGAUGACAGACAGGCUUCCAGGAGACAGAAACAAAGAUUCCUUAAAGCAGUCAAUAACAGACCAGAGAAAAGGCCUCAGACCCUUUUUGAGAUCUCUCUCCCCACCUCAUGCAAGGUAUUUGAAGUAUGUGGGAGAAGUGUAGGGAAGAGGGAGGUGGGAUUUAGAGGCAUUUCUGGCUUAGUGUCUAUGGGUUAGUGCUUGGUGCUAUGUCCGGCCUGUUUGCUAUUUAUCCUUUGAAUCCUGACUACUCUGUUAUGUGGGGUUUGGGUGGGUAUACAAAAUAUAUUACAGUUUCUUGUUUUGUUGCCAAAAACAAAAGCCUUCCUUGUCAAUGAGUGCUAAAGCAGAUUUCAUGUGUAUUAAAUAUAUAUAUUUACAUACAUAUAUACAAAUAUGUGUAUUAAAUAUAUAUGUGUAUACUCCGUAUGCUUAGCCAUUUGCGUUCCUUCCCAGUGAAGACAGCUUUAAGACCCCGGGGGGGGGGGGAUAACAAAAGGCCUAUCUGACUUUCCAAUGAAUCCCUAAGCCAAGCUUAAGGGGGCGCUUCAGAAAUUCCCAUCAUCCUGCCAGCUCUUCCUCAGCCUCUCCUCUUUCAUGCUAGAAGCCCGUCAUUUUGUUACUUAAUGGCCACAUUUACUUCUAGGAAAGUUCAGCGGGCUUGUGUUGGACCUCAGGUAUCCUUAAGGAAGGCUAGGACACACUCAACUAACUCCCAGGUGCCGAAGCCCACGUGCAGCCUUGGCAGUGACCAGAGAGUCAGUUCCCCCAGCUCAGUAGACCUAGUCCCACCCCCCAACACGGUUGCAUACUUUGCCCAAGACCACUGGCCACCUCCGGUCCUCCCUGGCCCCACUGCACAGCAUCCCACUGCACCCUUGAGUGGCUCAUUCCCUGUUGAAACCCUUAGCCGUCACAAGUCCAGAGUUCCUAGUGGAGCCCUGCUACAGUGAGUGUGUCUCCUGCCAGUGCCAGCACCACAUUCUCCCAUCCCAGUGACCGCAUCACACAGGGCCCUUCUCAAGUUUUAGGACACUGACUACAAGUCAGCUUCGAUGCCAUUGGAAAUAAAAUGACCUGCCUUUUUAUUUGAUAGUACAAUACCAUUUAUUUUAUAAAUUUUUAGGAUUUUUUUCUCAUUGUAAUAUUAUUGUACAGUUUUGCAUGGCCUCGGUGUAAUCAUUUUUGUUUAGAAUAUGAUGCUGACCAGUGUGUGUGUGGAAGGGAAGAUAAUGCUUUGGCCUCUAGGCACUCGGUUGGUUUGGUUUCAUUCCUGAUGUCUUAGGGAAUUUCCUGAGUGUCUGCUACCAAACUAUGACAUGGAUUCUUUUGCACAGAACUAUUUAAGGUGGGAUAGUCAAAAAUGUAACAAAGAUUUCUCACCAAUAUUUUAUGUUGGUAUCAAUUAACCAGACUUUGAUGUACUGCAAUAAAAUAAGGAGCUGUUA